GUCGACCUAUGAUUCUUCUGAGGUCGACCCAUUCUCGUUUUAAACUAACUGAGGUCGACCGCUUUAUGGAGUGGUCGACCGCGUAUUGUUCAUUUCGAAAAUGUGACUAACGUGUAUUCUUGCUUGUUUGAUCGCCGGAUGUAUGGCGGCAAAAAGAAAAGAAAGGCACAAAAAGCUGCUGCCUCAAGUUCGGAAUGGGAAGAGUUCAAUCCCAAUCUGUUCCAGACCAAGGAGCAAAGUGAGAACUAUGAAGAGAAGAGAAUGCACAACCACAGGGUGGCUCCGGGAAGGCUAUUGACGACGGAUGCGUAUUCUCAUUUCGAGAAUUACGGGUUUCUGGGACCCUUCAUCGAGCAAGAGUGGCUGAAGGUGAUAUCUCUCAAUGUACCAUACUACCCAAAACUGGUACAGUACUUCUACAACAACAUCGUCUACGAGCGCAAUGCAAAUGGAUCCAUUCACGCAUUCAAAUCCUAUGUGAAUGGGGUGGCGAUGCGCAUCAGCAAGAAUGUGUUGGCGCAAGUACUUCAGGCUCCAAACGAGGGGAAGAGAAUCAAUUCUUACGGUGCUUGGAAUGAAACGCAUUUCACGAGAGCCAAGCAAAUCCAAACGGUAUGUGGUCUUGAUGAAGAGGAAGAUGCUCAGGGGCGCAAUAGGCCAUCGAGUAACCACCUGACAGUUCAAGCCAGAGUUCUUCACCACAUGCUUUCCUACAACAUUCUGCCAAAGGGUGGACAUCGGGAGACAGUCACCUACUUCGACAUGGAGCUCCUCACCAACCUACUGUUAAGCGAGAAGGUGAACUUGCCAUACUUAAUCUUUAACCACAUGCUUACUGCUGCAGAGAGUUCAAACAGGAAUCUUCCCUAUGGGAUGAUCCUCACUGUGCUAUUUGAGCAUUUUAAUGUGAAUUUAAGUGAAGAGGUGGGGUUAAGAAUCUCAAGGCAGGAGUUCUAUACUGUUUCAUCUCUGAAAAAGAUGGGCUUUGAGCUGCGUAAUGGUGAGUAUGUCAGAGUAAACAAUGCUCAUGGUGGUGAUGAUGAUGAUGAUGAUGAUGAUGAUGAUGAGGGUGAUGAAGGAGCUCGAGACGAGCCAAUGGGGGAGGCACAGAGUUCAACUCCACCGAUCACCUUACAGCGUGUGUGGGAGCGCAUGGAUGGCAUGUACGAGUACAUGGGCCAGAUGUCCACCCAGAUGACUGGCAUGCACGACUACAUGGGGCAAAUGACCGCCCAGAUGAGCACAAUGCAGGUGACCGUGAAUGAGAUGCGAGAUGAGUGGCGAUCUUUCAGCGGAAGAUACAUGCAUCCCACCACAUCCGACCACCAUCAUGCUAGCACCACCAAUGAAGAAAAUGUGGAUGAGAGAGAGGGGGGAGAUGAGUAGGAGAAAUGAGUUUUUAUAUUGUGUGUUUUAGUGGUCAAAACGAUUGUUGAGUGUUAUUCUGUUGUUUUUUUAGUUUUAUUUUUAUGUGUGAACAAUUAUGAUUUCUGUUUUAUUUUUAGUUGUUAUGCUAUGAAUUGAUGAGUCCUUGUUAUAAUUAUGACUAAUUAUGAUGGUUUGAAACAUAAUUUAUACGAUUAAAAGAACCACACAAAUCGACAUACAUAAGCAAAAAAGACACGGGGCAUAGGGUGACUUUCUUGUAUUCGGUCGACCUAGUAACGGAUUAGGUCGACCGCGAAACCAACACUUGAUCUUGAUUUUACGUCAAUUAAUUGGACACUUUGAU